GCGCCUUAGCUCCGACUCAGCGCGCGGGAGGACCUGAGCAAAAAACUUAUUUGACAAUCACACUCCCACACCCUCGGUCCCUCUCCUUGAUGACUGUUUCCAACCUCCAAAUCAUCUCAAUUCACCAUUAGGGUAGCGCGUUUAUUUGGCGGCUCUCUGUCGUCAAAUGAACCUGCACUUGCGCAUCGUUCAAUCUCCCCUUAACCCUUCCUCACCAGGAGUUUCCUAAAUGCCCUCCGUUUACUCGUCGGUCUUCCAAAGCUUUAUCCGACAAGGAUUUUCAAAGUCCUUUACCCACGGCUACGCCCAGUCGGUCGUUGCCGCCACCCAUCCCCAUGUUUUAAAUUCGCAGAACCGCCCGUCGUUUGCGCGGCGGCGUAACGGCGCUCGCGUCGGCCGUUUCGCGAGUCUCGGGCUCCAGUCCGCCUUCCACAGCGCCAGCAGCGCGCUCACUGGAGGCUCGUCCGAGCACCGCCCGGACAAGACUGUCAGCCAUGGCGCGCUAGAUGCCUACUUUGAGCACUUGCAGAAGUCGCAGGCCAACGGCGAGCUAGGCAAGGAAUGGGUACAGUUUCAGUUUCCGAAGGCUAUCGAGUGGAAGCCAACAACGGCUUCCGUCCUGGUUGGCUCCGACGCCAAGACCCUUGCCCUCGGCGCUGAGGAAUCAGCAGCCCACGAUGACGCCUCGACAGCUCCAGGCGUCCCUCCAGAGGCCAAGGAGGCUUUGGCCCACAUCGAUGCGGCGAUUGAAAGGGAAAUCGAGGUUCGAAGGCAGCUGGAGCAGCUAGAAGAGAAGGUCGAGUCCUUGCGGGCAACGUCUCCGGAGCUGGCAGAGCAGCUCGCCGAAGAGCUUCGAUCGCGGACUGCCACGCCUUUCUCUCGUACGGCAACACCUCCUAGCCUUACUCGUACCCUCACGCCCCCAGUCGACCCGCAGUCUCAGACCUACGCCGACCACCUCACGAAGCUCUCCGAGGCUGGACGAUAUGCCGAAAUCCCGGCCGUCUUCGAAGCUAUGCUGGUUGGCGGCGUGCGCCCAAUCGCCACGGCCUACAAUGCCCUCCUCAUGGCCGCCAUCCACCUACCCUCGGAGAAGUGGGAGAUCGUGACCAAGGCGCUAGAUGUCUACGCUGACAUGCUGCGCCGCAAGGUGUCACCCGACAGCGACACCUACGACAUUCUCGUUGGCCUUCUCGCCUCCCGCUCGCUCGAGGUUGCGUCCCUCAGGCAGGCCUUGGAGGACAAGCGGAUGCGCUUUGGUGGCAUGGACGAGCCUGGCAAGUUCAUGUUCGCAUCUCACGAGCUUGAGCACGCCAUAUUGGUCGAGGAUGACCGCCUCGACCUGGCCAUGAAGCUGUUCGUGUCUUCAGUCAUGACAAGCAAGGCCAUGUAUUCGUCCGAGACCUACCAUCAGCUAAUCUCGGCCUGCGCCCAGUCUGGUCGGAUUUCCGACAUGCUUCAGCUCUUCGAGCACAUGGAAUCCAGCCACACAACGCCGUUUGCUGCCACGUUCCCCGCCAUGAUCACAGCGUUUGCCAAUGCCGGGGACCUCGUGAGCGCCGUCGAAUGCUACAAUGAAUACCGAAGCUUGGCCAUGGCGAACGAUCAGGGAGAGAAGACCCUGAAAGAUCGCCUUGAUGCCCAGGUCUAUGCUGCCGUCAUCAACGCCUACGUCGUCUCAGACAAGAUCGAAGGCGCCAUGAGGUUCUACGAGAAGAUCGUCCAAGAGCACGGUGUCAGAGCCUCCGAUAUCAGAGACGCCGUCAUUGCUGGCGGGUUUGUCAAAGGCUUCGUCCAUCGUAGCAUCUACGAGCAAGCUCUUGAAUGGGCUCAGCAGAUCGAGACAGAGGCCAGAACAUCAGCCAUGAGCGAGCUUGCGGUCGUUGCUGCCGAUCACGGUAACAAGCACACUGCCGUGGUUGCCUUCGCCAACGUCCUCCCGCCUAGCGCCGUUGCGUCUCCGGCAAUUGCUCUGCUAGCCAUGAGCGUGCGCCAGGGUGAUGUUGCGGCUGCCUCUCGGUAUUGGGACAUCCUCUGCGGUCCCGAGAUUCAGGCGACCGCGUCCUUCAUUGAGCCGACAGCCAUGUACGCUGUUGCCAUGAUUGGGUCUGGCAAGGUUUCCGAGGGUCUGACCCAAGCAGAGUACAUGUUCCAGCGCAUCCGUGACCAGAACCCCCAGCUGGCCGAUGAGAUCGAGGAAGGUGCCGAGUUCAUUUCGAGGUAUAUGGCCGUUCGGGGCAUCACUGAUUCUCGGAACGUGCCUGUGCCUGUUCCCGAGGUUGCCCAGUCUUUCGCCGCGACAUCGUAUCCCGCCAGCCCCGUUGUUGCCCGCCAGGAAGACACCUUCGACCCGUACUCGCACAACACCGAUGUUAAGGGUUCCUUCUUCAUCACGGAGGAGCUGGAGGGCGCCCAGGGCCGCAAGGCCCCGAGGUUAAGUGAGGCUCUCGCUCGGUUCCGGAACGUGCGCCGUGCUGGUCGCCACCCUCGCUAUGUCGUAUAUGCGAAGCUCAUUUCGGCCGCUGCCAAGGAGGGGAAGUUCGAUCUUUGCCACGAAAUCCUCGCCAUGGCGCGCGCUGAUGUGCCCCCGCUGCCCCAGUACCCGGUGGUCCGUUACGGCUGGUCUGCGAUUUUGGAUGCUAUGAUCGGUGCUUGCCUCACCCACGGCCGGAGAACGCUGGCUGAGGAGUACCACCAGGAACUGCUCUCCAUGGGUUCGACGCCGUCGGCCAACACGUACGGUCUGUAUAUCACGACGCUCAAGGAAUCCGCGAAGACCUUCGACGAGGCAUCCGAGGCUGUCAAGAUCUUUAUCCGCGCCAAGACCGAAGGUGUCGAGCCGACCUCGUUCCUGUACAACGCCCUGAUUGGAAAGCUAGGCAAGGCCCGCCGCAUCGACGACUGCCUCUUCUAUUUUGCCGAGAUGCGGGCUCUAGGCAUCAAGCCGACCUCGGUCACCUACGGCACCAUCGUCAACGCGCUCUGCCGCGUCAGCGAUGAGAAGUUCGCCGAGGAGCUGUUUGACGAGAUGGAGGGGAUGCCGAAUUACAAGGCGCGCCCGGCUCCGUACAACAGCAUGAUGCAGUUCUUCCUGACCACCAAGCGGGACAAGGCCAAGGUGCUGGAGUACUACGAGCGCAUGAAGGCCAAGGGCAUCGCUCCGACGGCCCACACCUUCAAACUCCUUAUUGAUACCCACGCCACGCUGGAGCCCGUCGACAUGACCGCCGCCGAGGCCGUCCUCGACUCGAUCCGCGCCGCCGGCCAGACCCCGGAGCCCGUCCACUACGCCUCGCUCAUCCACGCGCGCGGCUGUGUCCUGCACGACAUGGACGGCGCGCGGCGCGUGUUCGACGCCGUCAUGCGGGACCGCACCGUGCCCCCGCACGCGUGCCUGUUCCAGGCGCUGUUCGAGGCCAUGGUCGCGAACCACCAGGUGAGCGCCACCGAGCCGCUGCUCGCCGACAUGCGGGCUCGCCGCGUCGAGCUGACGCCGUACAUCGCCAACACGCUCAUCCACGGCUGGGCGGCCGAGAAGAAUGGCGCGGGGAUUGCCAAGGCCAGGGAGAUUUAUGCUGCCGUGGGGAGGGAAAGGCGCGAGCCGAGCACGUAUGAGGCCAUGACGAGGGCGUUCUUGGCGGUGCAGGACCGCGAGAGCGCUAAUGCGGUUGUUGCGGAGAUGUUGGGGAGGGGAUAUCCCAAUGCAGUCGUCAAUAAGGUGCUGGAGUUGCUUGGUGGUGGGCAUGCUGCUGAGGCUGCUGCCGUCGCCGUUGCUGCGUAAGGCGUUUUCGGUCGAGCUCCAAUAGCGCGGUGCAGCUUUCCCUUUUUUAACCCUUCUAUUCCUGGCCCGUUUCCUGCGUUCCCUCUUUGCUGUUCUUGGAAUGAUACCCCCUGGAGGCUGGAGAUCGGGUGGAUUG